CCAAGUGAUAAACAGCAAAGACUUUCGGAAGCUGUGUGAAGUGCUGAAAUCACAGAUCCGCCACCUCGAACUAAAUGAUUUAAUUGAAGUUUUGAAGUGCAUGGGAUAUUUGGGUGUUCCGGCUGACACUAAGGUCAUGAACAUUCUUCUUGGGAUAUUGUCUAAGCAGGUUAAUGAUCUUACCCUUCAGCAAAUUACAUUCCUCGACUUCGUCAUGAAAGACUUCAAGUCAACUCCUCUUGUGAAAGCAUUGAAGAUCGCAUUGCCCAUUGUCUUUGAAGCCAACCUUCAGACUAAGUGUGAUUUUGACAAUGUGUCCCAGUUGAGUGAACUUUUGUCAUUUGUGUCUAAAAGAAAGAAUAUGGAGAGAAGCACACAGCUGUUAGUGAAUGCUCUGAAUAACAGAAGAGACCAGUUAAGUUUAAAAGAAGCAACAAAUAUUGUUUAUGCGCUCUGUGACAAUAAGUUUUAUAGUGGAAACUUCCAGACUCUAUUUUGUUAUACAUUAGAUAUAAUUACCGAUUCUCUCGAUAGCAUGGACUUUUAUGAGAUGGAAUCAAUUCUGUCAAGACUCUAUUGGAAACAUUCUGAUUCAAAUGGUAACACUUCCUACUACCAUGAGGGGUACUGUAACGGUUGUGCUCAUAUGGUUAUAAAGAAAGAUUAUAGUUUUGAACACACUUUGUGGAUUCUAAAGAAACUUAUUAAGUUU